AUGACAAAUGACUUUUGGGGUGAAAGUCCUAACCCAAAUUGGAAACUAGGUGAUGGUUCCAGCAAUGAUGAAUGGAAGAAACACAAGAAAAUAUCCAUCAAUCCGUCAGAUCAGUCUAGAGAUGGUUUAAAGAAUUACAAAAUGAUCUGUGGAGCUGUAACUCCAAGACCAAUUGGAUUUAUUUCUACGAUCAAGGCUAAUGGGGUGAACAACUUGGCACCCUUUUCCUACUUCAAUGUUGUUGCUGCAGAUCCGCCAUUAUUCACUGUAUCCUUUUCAGGGUCUUCUAAUAAAGAUACUUUGGAAGCUCUUCUUUUGAACAAAGAAUUAACUAUCAAUAUAAUUUCAGAAUGGAUGAUUGAGGCAGCUAACUUGACUGCUAUUGUUGCUGGCCCCGAAAUUGAUGAAUGGGAAUUAUCGGGUUUGACACCAGUACCAUCAGAGGUUGUUAAGCCACCGCAUGUUGCAGAAUCAGGAUUUUCCAUUGAAGCCAAGCUCAUUGACGUUAAGACGUAUGAUUCCAAGUUUAAGCCAGGCACUAGAUCAUCUACCAUUUGUAUUGUUGAAGGGGUUAACUUUCAUGUGAGAGAGGAUUUGAUUGAUCAGGAUUUAAUCAUGGUUGAUACAGGUAAAUUGAAACCGGUGGGAAGAUUAGGAGGUAAUUGUUAUUCAACUAUCACUGCAGGUUAUGAAUUGCCCAGAUUCAACUACGAAAACUUGGACAAGGAGGAACUUGAGAGAAUAAGAAAAGAAUAG